CGUCAACCUUACAUAAUUAGUCUUUGAGGACAAUAGUUACCGCCAACCUUACAUAGUACAAUUUCCAUCCGCAUUUAACGAAUUUGUUACAAUCGUAUUUUUUGUCCUUUCCAUUCCGUCAUUGGGUUCUUGUUUUACACAGUGAUGCAAAACUUUCCUGCGAUGGCUACUCGAGGACUGUCUUUGGUUGUCAGGCGAGUUUUUCUGCACCACAAGAAACUAGUGAAAUCAUCAUCAUUGCACAGAAUUGUACAGUUUGAACCAGUGUGUCCAUGUAGCUUUUAUUGUACAACAGCAUUGUUUAAAGAUGAAGCGACAGUUGUAUAUAGAGAUGGAUUGCCGGUGUUUUCAGUGCCUUUACCGUCCAGACGACAAAGUUGUGAAUUUACCAUGAAACCAGUGACACAUACAGUUGGUAAAUUCCUGUCAUUUCUGAAAGAAGAGGAUGGUGGGAUUGACAGAGCAGCUAUAUUUACAGAGGAAGGAGCACGAGUGGCCCAAUCAACCACUAUAGAUACACUGCUGAGAUAUAACAGUUUCCAGCUUGUCCUCAAUGAUCAAAAGUACCAGGUAGUGCCACCAAGUGUAGAAACAAUGACAAAUGAAGACCUAGCUACAUUAUCUGAUGUGAAAACAUUGAUAGCUCAGCUUUACUCUCAACUUAAUGUUGACCAGCAUCAGUUUGAACAAGAGAAAGUUCUUGUCCAGAAAUUAGAGGAUCUUAAACUUCAAGUGCAGCCUUAUGAAAAAAUAAAAGGAGAUUUAGAAGGGAAAGCUUUGAAAAGGACGACAGGUUUGGCAUGGGUUGGAUUGGGUUUGAUGAGUCUACAGUUUGGUGUCCUGGCUCGUCUGACCUGGUGGGAAUACUCCUGGGAUAUCAUGGAACCUGUGACGUAUUUCAUCACUUACGGUACCUCUGUGGCCAUGUUUGCUUAUUUCGUCCUCACCAGACAGGAAUACAACUACGAAACAUUACGUGAUAGACAAUAUUUAAUAUCACUUCAUAAAAAUGCAAAGAAGACAAAGAUGAAUGUAGAAACAUACAACAAGCUAAAGGAAGAAAUUGCUAAAGUAGAAUAUGAUAUCAAACGAUUACGAGACCCUCUACAGCUUAGAGUUCCAAUGAGAGAAAUCGAAAACAAACCAGAGCAAUGAAGACAAUUAUAUUAGAAAUAUGUUUUAUUAUAGUUUAUAAAAUUUAUAGCACUAUGUAGAUGUAUAUUAAGUAACAGAACUUCUGUUGGUGGGUGUAAAAGGUUUAUGUAUUCUUUUAUUGGUUUUCUGACUAAAGGUACUUUUCAUCAUCGGUGCUUUUAGUCCUAUACCAUCUUUGGUGAUUUAUAAUACAUGGAAUAUUUGUUUCCAUUGGGUUUUUGGUUAUAGGUCCUCCACCAUAUAGUUAUGUAAAAGCACAUUAAAGAUAAAACAAGCUAUAUUCAUUUUUCUCUUACCAAGAAUUGUUGUCUAUAUUUUUGUAAUGUUUGUGUAAGUAAAACAAGUGUCACUAAGGUUUUAAAUACUUGAUCUCAAGAAUAUCUACCCCCCCCCCCCCCCCCCCCCAAAAAAAAAUAGGUGCAUUAAUAUAUCAUGAACAAAUUAAAGCACCAAAAUCUGAACUACAGCAAAACAUGAGUGCUGUACCAGUUCUUCGCAAUGCCAGUAUAAACAUUCAUCAAUAAAAGAGUAUACUUGAUCAGGAUCAAUAAAAGAAUACAUAUGACUAAGAUGACAUAGACUUUUCUUCAUAUUUAUAGUCAACCAUAUCGUUAUUGUUACUUUUUCCACUUUUUUAGGUAUAAUUUAUAUCUUUUGUUUCCAUGGUUACAAUAUUGUUUUCCUUUAUGUUAUUUGAAGGUUCUUUAUGUAAUUUAUUGUAGAAAAAUUGUUUUUCCCCCUUUUUGUGACAGAAGAAAAUGCAAUGAGUGUAAGAAUUAUAGAACAAAUACUUGUGGUAUUUAAAUAUACACUAGGAACAAAUAAAUGGACUGUAUGCCCUACAGGCAGUUGAGUUUUAUUUUGAAAUAACUGAUUUCAACUCGUCUUUGAUGGUUACCACCAUCUCUAGUAACUUUUACCCAGUCCUGUCAGUCAUGUCAGUGACUGUGAGUUACACAUUGUAAACAAGAUGCUUAUUUUAUUGGCCAUCCAGGACUGGGUUGUGUGAAUAAAUGGGCUGAUGAUAGUCAUUUAUAGUCCUGGUAAACAUUGAUGAAUUCUUUAUGUGAGGGGCUGAAAAAAAAACCUUUCUGGACAUGAAAAUUGGGCCUUGCUUUUUGGGGAGUUCUGGAUUAGGCUAUUAUUUUUUUUAGGGAAUUCAGGAUUUAUACCUAUCCAGACUCCGGAAUAAAUGAUUAAUUUAAGGAAUCUAGGAAAGAAUUCUUUAUUUUUUGCAGGAAUUUGGGAUGACACUCCCUCCUACUGCCCCUCUUCUGUGUUUUGAAAUGACAGUCAUAUUUUUGUUCAUGGUGAUAAAUAAUUUACGAUAAAGCAACAGAUUUAUUAAAGAAUGUUUGUAUCCUUGUGGUUUAUUGAUAAUUUACUUUUUUCAUGUUCAAAAUUAUAUAAAUAAUUACUGUGGAUUCAUUUAUUUUCGUGAGUACCAAUUUUCGAGGAUUGAAGAAAUAAUUGUAUUUUCAUUGAUACCUAUUUUCGUGGAUUGAGUAUAAAUCAUGUUUUCGUGAAUAUUUGAUUUCUUGGUAUUGUCAUAAUCAGCAUACAAUGUUAAAAAGAGUAAAAAUCAAUCCUGCUAUUUUAUUCAUUCAAAUGCAAGAUAAAUUUUACUUAAAAAUCACAGAAUUUUACAAGGAUAAAUGCAAUGAAAUGUAUACAUGGGUAUAUUUUGUCAAAGCUGAAACAUCUAUGUAUGUGACAUUUUGAAUAAAGUUAAUUAUAGAAAAUAGGGAGAUGUGGUAUGAAUGCCAACAAGACAACUAUCCACCAAGUCCAAAUGACAUGGAUUUAAGCAAUUAUAGGUCUCUUUAUGGCCUUCAACCAUGACACAAAACCAGUAAGCUUUAAAAGGCAUGACAAACUAUUAAACAAUGGCCUAAUUUAUGACAAAAGAAUAAAUGAAAACAGAUAUAUAAACAGAUCGAUAAGUCUUUUAUUUGGCAAAAAUGUUAAGGAAUAAAUUUAUUCUCAAUUAUUGAAUAGAUGUUGGCAUUUUAUCUUGAAUUUGCUGAUUAGACCUCACAUAUAACAAUAUUGGCAAAUGAAUACUCUCAAUAAAUUCUGAAUCUCAAUGAAAAAUAUCUGCUUGCUGGGCAUUAUAUUUUUUAGACCUGCAAGCAUUGAAGAGGUAAGGUUUAUAACUGAAAAAAUAUAUAUACUUAAGUUUAGAAGUGUCAAUAUUUUGUGUGUUUUUUUUUAUCAAAUUUAUCCUUUUGAUUGUUCUAAGAUUGUUUCUUAUACAUGUAGGUGUAAAAAAAUUCUUGUUUCUUUCAGGAAGUGAACUAAACCAACUGUUCCUUGCUUUAAAUUUAUGCUUAUUCAAAAUUUGUUCAAAAUCAUCUUAAAUGCUGCUGAAUUCAUUCCCAAGGAUUCAUAAUCAUUUCAUUGCCUGCCUAGCUUUUUAAGAUGCUGUUCUUUUAAGGACAAUCAAGCAUGUUGCUUAAACCCCCAUAUAGACCCUCCUUUUAUUGCCCCUUGCUUUCGGUUAUUGGUCCAUAUUUAAAGGAGGGAGAAUAAGUUUGGGUCAAAUCAACCAAUAGAUAAGGGGGGUAUAUUUACUGGAAAAAUGAAGUUCUUGAACUUUGGCCAAUUUGAUGAAUAAAUUAGAAGCAAAAAGGUAUAUACAAAAUAUGGUUUCAGAUUUUUUGCCCUUUUUACUAAAAAUAGUGAUCAGUUAUUUGGUGGCUGCUUAUUGGUUUUUGAGAAAUCUUCUGAUUACAUUUAAAACAUGUAACUAUUCUUGGGUGGCAGAUACGAAACAUCAGUUUUGACAUUUUUAUACAAAAAGUGAUUAAAGAGUAAAUGUCCAUUUUGGAUUAUUUGAUGAAUAAAUUAUAAAAUAUCUGUAAGUAUUGUGAUAACCUCUAUGAUGGGCCUCUUGAUAGGCUCUAUGAUGGGCCUCUUUAUAUCCUCUAUGAUAGGCCUCUUUAUAGUGUAAAUUAUUGUCAGACAACUACUUCACUGGGUAAAAGUGCUUAUUUUGUUUUGUUGUUAGGUGUUCUUGUUUUAAUUAUAAUAAUGUCAUAUUUUGAUACUGUUCUUGAUUCAUUCGUACCAAAGAAAGUAUUUAAUGUACUUAAUCUACCAAUAUCCAGGCUACCUCGUGUUUGCUUACUAACAUUGCCUUAUUGUUCAUUUUCUGUUAAUAGGUCAUGCUAUGCUUAUGAUCAAGAUGUCAAAAAAGGUCACAAUAUUUUGUAGAAUCAGUUUUGUUUGUUUAUAUCCUUUCAAAAUUUGUUAAGAAAAAGAAAAUCAUUUGAUACAUAGGAAGGGAAGUUACUUAGUAUUUACUUUGGCUUGCCAACUCACUGGCUACUAUAUCCUUGUUUUCCAGAAGUUGUUUCUUUUGCAAACUUUUGUAACAUUUGUCUUCUUUUUAUGUGAAAGGUUAAACUCCUGGAAAAAAUAAAACUUAUUUGAAAAUAAAUAAAGUCGAAAUAAAUCAGGGAAAAAAAUAACAGCUAAAACUUAUCCAUCAAAAUACUUGCCAUGAAGGGAAAUAACUCUUGCUUUACAUGAAUUUAGAGAGAGAGAAUAAAUAGUGCUUUUUUUGUGAUGGUAGAUUAGUGCUUCUUGUUUAACCAAUGCUUUUAUGAAGAAGAAAGUUAUUAGAAAAAUUGAAAGGAAUAGAUGUAGGUCUUUCUUUUCAAAACAUAUCAAAACAGUAUUGUAUAUGGAUUUUCAGCAUUUUUUUAUUUGUCCAAUUUGCUUAUUCACCAUUUAUCUUGGCAAAUUGCUCAAGUUGUAUGAAAGGUUUUUGAAUAGUCUUUCUAAGUAUUUUAGAAAAAUGUUGAAACCUUUAGACAAUUAAGAUAAACACUGAUUUGUGAUAAUACCUACUGUAUACAUAAUGUUGUAUAUUUGCAAUGUUUUCACUGUAUUUUUUUCAUCUUAUUUGAAAGUUAUCAAUUUGUAAUUCAAUAACUCUUUGUAUAUGCCAGGGAAACAUAUGAGCCUUUUUUAUGUUGUGUGCAGUAAACUAAAUGUUUUCAGGCGAAAUUUCUAUUUUCGAGGAUCACACAAAUAGUUUAUUGUCAUCAUUAUGUUCAAACAAUUUUUAAUUUGUUCUGGAAUUUCUGAUUGUAAAUGGUGGGAAAAUGUUAGAUUUUUUUCUGCAAUUGAACAUAAUCACACAUGUGACAUUCAUGGCUUCAUCUUAUUGGUCAGUUUGGUGUUAUAAUGUCAUGAAAAAAAAGGAUGUAGAUUGUAAACAUUUCUGUAGUAUAAUAAAGUCUAUUGAUUUCAAAAUAUUGUAUCAUUUUAUAUAUGAAAAAUAAGCUUAUAUACAUAUACUUGCUUUACAUUGAAAAACAUAUAUCUAGUUUGCUUUAUUUGAAAAUUAGUUUUCAUUUUAAGGUUCUUAUAGAAGUAGAUUUAUAGGGGACUUGAAUACAGUUCAAUUAAAAGUCAUGGGUGAUUCUUGUUUCUUAAAAAAAAUAAUCCUGAAAGCGGAAAAGGAAAUUAUCAAUUUAGAUUUUAUGCAUGGUUGGUAGGUGAAAAUUGAUUCAGACCACCCAUCUCUCCUCCCCCCCCCCAAAAAAAAAAUGAAAACCACCCUACUCAUAAGACCAUCCCAUCCACCAGAAUUCACCAUUCUUCUUUGGUUCUGUAGUAGUAUAUACAUAUCUAAUUUUUAGGCUUUGAUAAAGGAAGCAGUUAUUGUAUGAUAUGUUUUAUAUAUUGUAAAUGCUGCCAUGCUUAUUUUCAUAAGUUAUAAACAAAAAAUUACCACCGCUAAUGCAAAGAUUUGUCUAAUAGUUCACCAGUUCAAAAUAUAAUGCACUAUGGUAACGCAUUUUCAAAAUCGUACGAUUGGGAAAAAAUGUCCUAAAUAAUGGAUAUGACUAAUGGCAUUAAGACAUAUAAUUGAGCCUCAUGUAGGGUAAACAUUCAUCUACAGCAUAGAACAACAAUCAUUGGUCAAAACAAAAAUAUUUUUAGUUACUAACCUCAGAAUGGUAGUCAAAUUAUUUUUGUUUGUUACAUGUACUUGUUUUUUCAUUAAAAAAGAGAUGUGAAAUAUAAUCAUUUACAAUUGUAUAAGUAUUUAAUUUAAAGUUUGUAUUUCUGCAUGGAUUUCUGUUUUAAGAUUAAUUUAAGGAAUGUUAUCCAUACUGUAAAUGAAGUAAAAUGCAUAGGAAAAGACCUAACAUUGUUUUGUGAUUAUAUCUAGAAGUUGGCUUUGUUUUUUGUAACAGUUUUUUUUUUGCCUAAUUAAAACACAAUUCUUUUCCAAUUUUCUUUUGAUGAAUAUUGUUACCUGUUAGCUCAGGUCUUUCAACCUUUAGUUCUUGUUAACAAAAAUUAUAAUUUAUGAAUUAAUUGGUCAUUGUUUACCUUUUUCUGUAUUUUUUCUUUGGAUAAUACAAUUGUAAAAAGUAAAAUAGAUUUGCUCACUGUUGAAUGAAAUUGACAAGUUUGUUCACUGUUAUUUUACUUAUUUAUAUCUGUUACGUUCCGUUAGUAAUCUUUAUUCUGUGUGAUUUAAACAAAUCUAUCAUUAAAUAAUAUUUUGUAA